AGUGCAAGUAGAGUAAAAUUAGCCUUUUCCUAUACGUAUCCCGAUGUAAACAUGAAAGGUACUAAACUCCCCCGUAUGUUUUGACCCUUCUUCUACCAAUUUGAAUGUGUCUCGCUCCCAGAUCGUGAAUGUUUUCAAUUACCCCGGUCAGGAUCUAAUACGUAGACUUUUCUGCUCCAGCACACGACGAAAAAUUAUCUGCAAAAUAAAGCGCACGUACAGUAUCGACUGGGCGUAGUUGCUAAUGGUUGCUGCACCAGCAGUCGUAGAACAUCUCAGGGGCGAUUCGUGAAGGUCUUCAUUCUACGGUGGAAGGAAAGCUGUUCUACUCUCGCGGUGAAAGGACCACAAGGGAAGCAAUGUGCGGCUUCGCCAGCCGAAGGGUGCUUGCGCGCGCCCUCUAUGCCGCAGUGUUGCACUGGAGCGAGCGCGGGGAUUUUGUCUUCGGAUUCAACCUCCUGAAUAGUCACGGACCGAAUAGACGAAGACCGGAGGAGGGAAAUAAAGCUAGCGCCGCGAGGGAUAACAAUAUUCGCGUCGGACAGAAGAGGAGCGCGAGCCUAGGCAGCAAAGAUUCGCUCACAAGUGCUAGUACUGUUAAAGUGAAAGCUACAGAUGAAGACGACAUACCAUCAUAUUAUGCGUCUGGUGAAGCUGCAACAAGUAGCGUCACAGAGGUCGUCGCAAGAGCUGAUGCGGAUGAACCCGAACUACGGGCGGGAACCCGUCGGUACACGCCACCCAGGCACGAGGAUUUUCAAAAUUUUCCGAACUCGGAGGAAGAUGUCGAAGACGAGGCAUUUAUCAACUUGUUAUCGUCGGACGAUGAAAUGGAGGCGAUUCACGGACGAGAUACAUCAACACCACCCGACCGCAGCGGCACAAGCACAUGGAAAACAACACUGCUCCCACCUCACGAGGACGAAAUCGACAGCAACAAUUCUCAUGAUGCGGACAGCAGCAGGAGCAGCAGGCCGGUCGGAGCUGCUGCAAAAAUAGACCGUGGAGGAGGACGAAGACCAACGACGAGCAGGCACGCACGGUCAACAUCUUCCUCGCGUCGACCUAGUGUAGUGCUAUUAGAGACAGAAGGAAAGAUGACCACGUCGACCCAGAGAACAGAUGAUCUCCCUAAUAAUCACCAGGAUGGAGGAGGACGCACCUCCACGUUGAUCACCACGAAGACCAUGAACGUUCUGUGUAUGGCGGUGUUGUUCACCAUCCUGCCGUGCUUGGUGUUCAUCCUGAUCAUGUGCGUGGAUACGGAGCGCAUCUCCGUGAAGGAGACCGAGAAGCUGUUUGGCACGGUGUGCCCCGGGUUCGAGGCCUUCACCGACAGCACGCAACGGUUCACGUUCGCGGACCAAAACACGCAAACCACCACGACGAAGGCCGAGGAGGCGGCACGGCACAUCAUUUGCUCCGACGCGGACGGCGAGCCCCUGUGCUACGCGCUGGUGAACUUCCAACAGGGUGCCCUGGUCGCGCUGGUCGAGGAUUUCCUGGACGAGUUUGGCGGCGACGGGGCGGACCCGGACGCCAUAGACACCGGCAUGUUGUUCGACCGAAUCGACGCCUACCUGGACGAGGGGGUGGGCACCGGGCACGGGCCCGCCGCGCCGGAGAUGACGCCGGCGGAAAAAGAGAAGAUGAAGAAGACGUUUUUCGGGCGGAAAAACCCGAAGGGUCGGCAGGGUGCAGCCGCAGCGAAGGACCAGCAAGCCGCGCAGCUCGUCGGCAGCAUCCGACGCAGUCUCGACAAGAUGGCCGCGGAAGGCAAGAAGAGCGGCAUGCGCGUGGAGAAGUCCGGGGUUCUUCGCUCCGAAAAGAGCGGAGUCAUGCAUGGCGGGCUCCUGCUUCCGGGGGACCAACAAAGGGGCGGAAGCAGACAUGUGAAUUUUGCAAGUAGCAACAAAACGAUCAACCAGACCCUGGCGCCAGAAAGAAUGAAUGCGUCCGCGGCGUCGAAGAACUCGAAAAAUAGUCUUCAGAUCAAUCCUAACAUCCCACCGGGCGCGGGCGGCGGACAAAUCUUUCGCAUAACGCACGACGAGGAUAACGAACGCGCGACCGAGGGUCACUUUGGUCGCGGGGAGGAAGACGAGGCGGACCCCCUGGCCGCUGACGACCCCCUGGCGGAAGGGGAAGGCGAGUCUACUCGUAGUUUAGCGCUGCUUUCUGGCAUUGAUGAGGACCACGCCAGCGACGGAGAAUCUUUCACGAGCGAGAUCGAAGAGCUCAUUGACGAGGCAGAAGAGCUGCCGAUUGCGUUGGCUCUGCAACAGGAGUUUCAGGGAUCUUCACGAGAAGCCACGACCCCUGCGUCCUCGGGCAGAGGUACAACAACUCCCCGGCGGGACCACCGGCGGGCCGAAGGCAGCGCGACAAAGACGUAUGGGCGAAAUUCUACGCAGGAAUUUUUACUGUUGUCAGCUUCGGGAGAUCCUGCCACGUUCCCGCCGGACGGCCUCACUCCAGCUGCGAGAGGCGGUGCGCACAUGACUGAUCUAUCCGCAGGCGCCCGCGAACGGGGGAAGGCGAACUUCCGACGCAUUGUGCGGAAGCUGAUCGCCAUUCAGCAGGGCGAUUUUGCGCAGCUUAGUUGGCGUGACGUGGCUCUCCACGGCCGGGGUGCGCUUGGGGAGUCGAUUCUGCACAUCUGCCUGUUCCUGAACACGCCCGCCCACCGCGUGCUGGUGCACUACCUGGUGGUGAAACUCGGACACCGCGUAUGCUGGCAACGCGAGUUCCAGGCCACCACCCUGCGGGAAAAGAAGGACGACGACCCGAACGACUUAGAAUACCGCAAGGGAACCGAGAAGGAUGAGCAGGGCCACGCGUCGCCGGAAGAUUCCGGCCUCUACGGGUCCCUGCACAAAGGCAAACGCGCGGGGAAGCGGAAGCGCCCCCCCGCCCAACCGCGGCCGGAGGGGGAGCAGCUCCCCGGGGCGAACCCGCUGGUGCUGGCGGAGGGCGAAAAAUCGGGCCGGGGAAGACCUCGGAUCGAGGAAGGAGCAGCUGAGGACAACAACGAGGCGCAAAUUCCGACGCGGGAUCUGGCGAGUGGCCAGGAUGUGGGGAACGUGAAAAAGCGUGCCAUUGCGUACGUGAGCGCGGCCUACACGGUGCGCGCCUACCGGGGGGAGACCGCGCUGCACAUCGCCAUCAUGAACGACGACCUGCUGUCGGUCGAGCUGCUGAUCGACCACGGGGCGGACCUCACCGCGCAGGUGACCGGGUCGUUUUUCACGGGCCGGCUGUACAGCGGGGCGCUGCCGCUGUCGUGCGCCGCGGUGCACGCGAGCACGGAGAUGGCGGUGCUGCUGAUCGCCCGGAAUGCCAACCCGCUGCUGGGGGACGUGUACGGCAACACGUUCCUGCACAUCGCGGUGCUGCACGGCCGCGAGGACCACUGCCGGUCCUUCCACGAGUUCUUCCCCGACCUGUUUCACCGGUCCAUGCGAUCGCGCAACGGCUCGGCCCUCACGCCGCUGGCGCUCUCCGUGUGCACGGGGCAGGCGUCGCUCUUUUCGGUCUUGUUGGAAUUAGACAGUGAAAUCGUCUGGUCCUACGGGCCCAUGACCUGCCGAAAAAUCCCUCUGCUCGUGCUGGACUCCCUGCUCGCCAAGCAGGUGCCCAACGAGGCAAAUUUCGAGGAUUUCGAAGAGGUGGACUACAACGAACACGACGGCGCCCUCGUCCCCGGCUCCGUGCGGACCACAGCGGCUUCGCAGGCCGUCUCCGCGGCGAAGGGACAAAGGAUUGGGGGCGAGGACACGUUAACCGCUUCGGAGGACGAGCUGGAGGUGAGCUUUUCGCUCUUCAAAAAGAAAAAGAAAAAAACCACCGCCGCGGAACAACAACAAGCCGGCGAUGCCAAGAACAAGGUGAAGGACAACUUCGGAGGCGUGGCGGUUACGACGGCAGCGAAGAGCUUGGCGCCGGUGAAAGACUACGGCGGCAAGGGGAAGCAACGGGACUCCGUCGUGGAGACGGUUCUGCGGUUCCGGAAAAAGCCCAUGCUGUCCGCGUUGGAGAUCUUGUCGACACUGCGGCUCUCGUCGCUGUGCGGCACGCCCAUCAUCGUCGAGCUGCAGAUGGGUAAGUGGGACCAGUACGCGCGGAAGCUGAACUACGCGUACCUGUUUGUGGACCUGAUCAUUUUAUUCCUGCUGGUUCUCAGCCUGUCCCACGUGGUGCCCGCGGCGGUGUCGCUCUUUACGCUGAUCGGGUUCGCCGUGCUCGAGAUAUCGGUGCAGAUGCACUUUCGGGGGUGGAAGAAAAUGAUUCGGUCCUACCCUACCUCCGGGCUCGUAGCCAAGUUCGUGUUCUCCGCGCUGCUGACCGUAGGGUACGUGUUGGAGCUGGUGGGGGGGGAUGAGGAGAACGCGUACAAAGUGUCCACUAGCACCUACUUGUACGCGAUUGCGUCCAUCAUCGGGAUGCUCAAGUUUAUGGUGUACCUGCGCCCGUUCCGGCUGAUCGGGCCCUUUAUUGUGAUCAUCGAAAAGAUUCUGGUACACGACUUCUUGAUCUUUAUGGUCAUCUACCUGGUAUUCACGAUUGGCUUCCUGGCGUACUUUAUCGCUGUCAUAACGCACGGCGGUCUCACACUCGCCGGAGGCGAUAAUACCGCGCUUGGGUCGAGAGGAUCUGGGUCCACAGGCCAGCACCUUGAUUUUUCGAAUGCGAGCAAUGGAACUACAGCAGGAACAUCAAGCGCGGCCGCGUCAGCACUAGUACAGUUGCAAGUCGAUGAGGGGCGCGGAAGAAGAAUUUCGGAUAGUAAUUUCCCCAGAAUACAUCCGGCGCCGUUUGACCAUCUGUUGGGUGGGGGUGCACCGCAUGAAGAUCUUCUGGGCACGUCUAGUACAUCAGACCCGACCACCCCCACACCGUCCGCGCACCCGUCGCUUCCCACCGGCCCGUUUGAGGUGUGGCACUUUCUGUUCGCUGCCAGUCUGGGGGAGCUCAGUGACCAGAUUCACAACGCGGAGUGGCCGAUCACCACCUUGAUGUUGUACGAGUGUUACGUGUUCCUUUCGGCGUUGCUGGCCAUGCCCCUGCUGAUUUCUAUGAUGUCGGAUACUUACUCCCGUAUCCGGGUGGACGCGCGCAACGAGUGGGUGCUCGAGCGGAUAAAGACGAUCCUGACCGUGGAACGGUCCGCCCUGGCAAACUUCCUGCCGCUCAGUAAGAUGCGGCCCAAGCACCAGGAGCGGACGAACGACCUGGUGUUGAGCAACGGGCGACGGGUGGAGAACUGGGUCCUGCUCAUGCAGGAGUUCAACGACCCGUAUGCGAACGCUGCCGGACCGGUGAUCGCCGAAGACCCGAUCACGCAGCAGCCGAUCACGCAACCGCAGACCCAGCAGAUUCAGAUUCAAAAUGGCCCGGACGCGUUCUCGUCGUUCAAUCCGGCUGCCAUGUCGAUGACGAUGAACAGAUUCACCAGGGCCUCGACCACCCACGUCGGCGGGGCUCCUGGAGCCGCGGCGAAGAGCUUCAGAAGCCACAAACUGGUCUGAUAAUGCGCCGGUCGGGUGCUCGGAAUCACUUAUUUUGAUGUAUGAUGAUUUAUUUUUUAACAUUUACUUUUUCUACACUACAGGUCACUAGCUAUUUCUGGAAAUUUUUAUUUUGCACGGCUACGUGUCGGAGCUUCAGCUUCAGCUUUUCUUUUUACGAGGAGCUCCAUUUUCUGGUACUGGUUGAGGAAAAUAGAGGAGAUAAGCGCAACGCUUUUAGCUUUGUUUUUCGCCAAAUACCUACUACAGUUUUGAAAUUUAAAAUUUUCUUUUAUCUAGUACUAGUUUGUCGGCAGGAGCCGACUGUUACUAGCUUUUUACCCACGCUACUAACUACCAUCAUGCUAAGCGAAGCGAAGCUUCUCGCAAGGAGCAGCGUAGCAACAACAUUUCUAGACCCUUUCAAUUCCAUUUAUUACGGUUUCCAACAUUGCAGCGCCCUCGCAUAGGCCGUUCAAAGACCCAAAGUCUACGGGGUUGAGUGCCUGUUCGGUUCGUAUUCGCUCGUCGUCGUCGUCGUCGUUGUCGUCGGGCGUACUUCAUCUCCUCGCCCCCUUGAUAUUGCCAUAUCUUGCAGCUUCUUGAGUCUGCUUCGUCUUCGCCAAGGAUCCACUCGCCAGAGACGAGAGAGUCGCACGAGCGUGAGUCAGAGUUCGUUUGCACAAGAGUUCGUAGUUGCCUUGUAA